UUAUCUCCCUGGAAUGGCGCCCUUCUGCAUCCCCGGAGGGAACCGCGCAGGCGGGCCUGGCGACGGCCCUCUCCGUCGGGGGUGAGGAGCAAAGCUGGAGGGACUCGAGCGGGACGCUGGGCCCAGAGAGAUGGGGGGGGGGUGCCCGGAACUGAGACCGCGAUCUCGCUCACCCCCUCCCAGUCUCUUUCCCUCCUACGAGGCUCUUCGCUGAACUGUCCCUCCCCCACCUCCUCGGGACUCCUGGAGCAACCAGGCCUGCGGGGUGUGCGGGCUAGGAGGCGGGGAAGGAACGGGAAGGGGUGAGGCCCCAGGGAAGGGAGGUCUAGGUGCCUGGGAGGCCGUUCUUGGGAGGCGGGCGUGGGGGGACAGAGGUCGCUUCUCCUUGGCCGGGCCUAAGGAGAAACCCGAGUAGCUGCUGACGUCUCACUGCCUUGGGGAAACCGCCUGCUGGCGCUCUGCGUUCUCUUUCAGGGUCCUGAGAGGGGUAGAACUGAGGUGGGGUGAGCACAGGGUGGACGGGCAAUGUCAGAGAUAGUGUCUGGGGAGAGGCCAAUGCCCGGGUCUUUCAGGGUCCUGAGUGGGGUAGAACUGAGGUGGGGUGAGCACAGGGUGGAUGGGCAAUGUCAGAGAUAGUGUCUGGGGAGAGGCCAAUGCCCGGGAGAACAGGCUGUGUGGAGGCAGUACCAGGAUGAAGGGACAUGUGGGAGGCGGAGGCAGUGCCCAAGGGAGGGGGCAGUACCCAGGAAGGGGGCAGUUUGAGAACAGUGAGCACCCGAGAAGGGCAUGGGAGGGAAGAGCUUGGGCUCCAUGGGAGAGGACAGUGUCAGGAUGAAGGGGCACAGAGAUCAGUGUCCAGAGGACCGUGACAGUGGUGGGGCCACGGGCAGUACCAAAGUGAAUGGGCAGUGCUUAGGAGGAGGGCGGUAUGGUGAGGUUAACGCCAGACUGAAAGGGUGGUAUGGAGCUGGAGAACGGCCCAGGGGUGGCAAGGGACAGUGCAGGCUUCCCUCUUCCCUAUAGUGACAUCAUGGCAAAUUCCCAAACUGAACGGAUCCGGCUCGGGUGUCAUCCAGCAGGGCUGAGCCAGCCCGGGCCGGCCUGGGGGACCUUGGUGCCAGCUGAGGGGCUGGGCACUGCGCUCUGCAGAGCCAUUGAGCUGGGGGCGGGGUCUGCUCCGCCCGCCUUCGGCACGGACUGUGCCCUCGGCGGGCACGCGGACCUGGGUAGGGCCAGGGCCGGGCUCUCUGGGCCAAGGAUCAAGGUCCCUGGCUGGGUAGGCUCCAGGCUUUGGGACCGGGACUCUGAAGAGGGCGCAGUGGAGCCGCUGCAGUGAGAAACCGCGCCAUCUCGACCGGAGUUGGGCUCUAUUGUGUCCCCGCCCCGAGGCGGAGUUAUCUGGACCAGAGACCCGCCCCCACGCCGGAGCUUCGCGGAAGCAGUCUCUCGGGGCGGAAGUUGAGAAGCCCCGAGAACUAAGCGGCGGAAAUGGUGGCACCCGCGCCUGUCAGUGCGCAUGCGUCGUCCUACAACUUUGCUGCCGCUUCUCAGGCGCGGCGUUUUUUACCUUCCCGUCUCCUUUUCUCCACGCGGGCGGGUGCGCGUACCCCUAGUCGCGGUCGCGCGCUCGGCCUCUCUGCUUUGCCCGCUCACUAUGGCGGGCAUCCUGUUUGAGGAUAUUUUUGAUGUGAAAGACAUUGACCCGGAGGGCAAGAAGUUUGACCGAGGUAAGUAAGUGUCUCGACUACAUUGUGAAAGUGAGUCUUUCAAGAUGGACCUCAUCUUGGAUGUGAACAUUCAGAUAUACCCUGUAGACUUGGGUGACAAGUUCCGGUUGGUUAUAGCCAGUACCUUGUAUGAAGAUGGUACCUUGGAUGACGGUGAAUACAACCCCACAGAUGACAGGCCAUCCAGGGCUGAUCAGUUUGAGUAUGUAAUGUAUGGGAAAGUGUACAGGAUUGAGGGAGAUGAAACUUCUACUGAAGCGGCAACACGUCUAUCUGCCUAUGUGUCCUAUGGGGGCCUGCUCAUGAGGCUGCAGGGUGAUGCCAACAACCUUCAUGGAUUUGAAGUAGAUUCCAGAGUUUAUCUGCUGAUGAAGAAACUGGCCUUCUGAACCACCCAGGAAGCCCACCUUGCUACUUAGUCUCUCAGGCCUGGACAGUCACUCUGGCCUGAGCAGUAGGUGCUGCUGUUCAUCUGUCCAGGAGGGACUAUCUCUGUUCACUGUAGGUGCAUCUUGGGGUGGUCUGCACUCAUUGAGAAACAGACUUGCCUGGGAAAAAAACAGACCUGUGGAGGGCUUAAAGGAAUCAGAAGUUGUUUUGUGUAUAUGGUUUUUUAAAACAUUAAACUCUACUUU